UUCUGUCGUCUUCUUUUCAGUGUGACUGCAUGGACGUAUAGGUAUUUUUUCUCAGCUUAAGAGGAUUUUGCACACAGCGAGAGGCCACAAUGAAGUUUGAGAACAUUCUAGACAAUAUCAAUGGAUUUGGCAGAUUUCAGAUAAUGAUUAUUUUUAUCAGCUUUAUUGGCCGUUUCACAAUGCCCUGCCACUUCAUGCUGAAUAACUUCAUAGCGGCUGUUCCCUCUCACCACUGCGACAUCAGCUCUCUGGAUGAUGGAGGACUUUUUAGGAAUUUAUCCCAGGCAGAGAGGCUUCUUGUUAGUAUUCCAGUCCAGGACGAUGGGACUCCAAACUCCUGUCAGAUGUUUGCAGAGCCUCAAUAUCAUCUGCUGCUUAACUCCUCCAACAUGACUGAAGUACCCACAGUGCCAUGUCAGAAUGGAUGGGUGUACGAUAACACCACCUUCAAGACUACUUUGACCUCACAGUGGGACCUGGUGUGUGAUAGAAGAGGUAAAAACAAAGCAACUGCUACCAUCUUCUUUAUUGGAGUGAUGUUUGGAGCAGUGACUUUUGGAAGCCUGAGUGACAGGUUUGGCCGAAGGAUCAUGCUGCUGGUGUCAUAUGUGUCUGGAAUGCUUUUUGCUGUUGCAAGUGCUUUCUCUACAUCCUAUGUGAUGUUUGCAGUGCUGAGGUUCUGCACUGGGUUUUGCAUCACCGGCAUCGUCAUUGUCUCAACGGUCCUCAGUGUGGAGUGGGUGGACAUCAAGCACAGGAAACUGGUUGGAGUGAUCGACAGCUUAUCCUGGACGUUUGGGAACACAGCAUUUGCAGCUAUUGCUUACUUUGUGACUGAGUGGAGGUGGCUAAUUGUCAGUGUUACCUCACCUCUUAUCUUGGCCAUCAUCACCUGGAGGUGGAUGCCAGAGUCGGCAAGGUGGCUCAUCGCCAAUGGAAAGCUGGAGCAAGCUCAGAUGUAUCUGAAAAAAUGUGCCAAGAUGAACCAAACAGAGGACUCAAUUCACACACUGAAAACAGAGACACUAUCCACUAUUGUUGUGACUGAGAAAAGAGAUCGGCACUAUUCGUACCUCGAUCUGAUACGGACAUCCAAAAUGAGGAGACUGGCCCUACGUACUGGUAUAUUGUGGUUUUGUGUGGCAAUCACAUUUUAUGGCAUCAGCUUUAACAUCACAGGCUUUGGGCUCAACAUCUACCUCACUCAGUUUACUUAUGCUUUAAUUGAGCUCCCAGCCAAACUAUCAGUUUACUACUUACUGGAUAGGAUAGGCAGGCGAUGCACUGAGGUGGGAGCUUUGCUGAUGGCCAGCACCUGUCUUGGAAUCAACAUUUUAGUACCUAAAGAUAUGUCUGUUGUCAGAACAGUGGUGGCAAUCAUUGGAAAAGGGUUUUCUUCAGCAUCCUUUGCAACUCUUGUGCUCUACAGUUCUGAGCUCUAUCCCACUGUAGUGAGGCAGAAUGGUAUGGGUUUCAACUCCUUCAUGGCUCGACUUGGUGUUGCUGUGGCUCCUUUGAUUCUCUUACUGGAUGACGUGUGGAAGGACCUGCCCCAGCUCGUCCUGUGCUCUACAGCUGUACUGGGGGGAAUAGUGGCUAGAACACUAUCAGAGACACGCAACCGGUGCCUGCCAGAGACCAUAGAGGAUAUAGAAAAACAGUGGUAGCGAUGAUGAUCACUGGUGCUUAUUUAGUCAAGCAGUUAUAUUUAGUAAAUAAACAACAACAACAACAACAACAAAGAAAAAACAAUGACAGUAUGUAUAGUCUAUAUUGAAUUAAUUCAUUUUUCAGCAUAUGAUUGAAGUAAAAUUACCCUCAGCUUUAAUAAAUAUUGGUUGGUUGGAAGGAUAUUUGAGGAGGUGCGAGGUAAAUUUUUCCUUGAAAUUGAACUCUGUGUUAGGCUUAAAUUAGUAGCAGUUCAGCAGUUAUUGUGAGCAGUUUACCCAAAUUGUGAUGUUCCCUGCUCAGAUCGUGUCAUUUGAAAAAACAAAUUUGAGGACAGUCUAUUAGCUACUUGCACUCUCUGCCCUCACAGACCUUACGUGAUGGCAGUGGUAUGCCUUAAGUCCAUGAGGGCUCAUAGGUGUGUGUUUAUUGCCUGUGACUAUGGUUCUUAAAGAAGUUUGGCUCCCUCUACCAAGUGCAAUUUUCACCUUGCUGGCAUUUGCUGCAGACCGUCAGCGUGUUAACUUUCAGAGAUGCACAGUGUCAAGGUCCUGGGUCCUACUCUGGAGUGAGUUUUGAAGUUUUGAACUAUCACAGCAUAAAUGUGUUAAGAUUAUACUUUUUUUUUUUUUUUUUUUUUACAUGUUUUAAAAGACAAUCAGUCUUGACACCUGAAGAGACAUCUCCUGCUUAACAGUUUUUUUCAUAGCAAUGAAUACAAUGCUGGAAAAUAAAUGAUUGCAACAUGUUUAAAUAACAACACUGUAACCACCUUAGUCUGUGCUAUGCAAUAUCUAUGUACAGUAUGGCAUUUAAAAACAAAUGUGAUCACCACUGAUUGGUACUUUUUGUUUUGUAUUGCAAUAAAGAGGUAUUUCCUAAACAAAAUGUGAAAAAAAUGAUGACUCAUUUUACCACAUAAUGAGGUUCCUGCUUUAACUAUUACCACAAAUGCAUAUUGCUUCACACUCAGACAGACAAAAGUUGUUUUAGUGGUUAAGUGAGGCAAAACAUUCACCAAUUUCAACUGAAAUCCUGCAGCCCUGGGUUAGGGUAAUGACAAAGGUUGCUUCGUCAAAGUCUUAAGAGUCAUGUUUAUGAUUUACUUCUCAUCAGUCUGAAAAAAUGGGCAUAUGAGUAUUUUUUCACAGCUUCUGAGGAUGUUGCACACAGUGAGAGGCCACAAUGAAGUUCAACUCUUCUAACAGGAAGAUUUCAGAUUAUGGUGCUGGGUUGGCGGGAAGAAUAUUUGACAAUGUGUAAGGCAAACUUUAUCUAAAGAUUGAACCCUUACAUUCAAGGCCAAACUAAAACAUCAAAGCACGAGUCAAAUACAUUUUCCCCAAAUAUGGUAUCUGACAUUUUGGGUGUUUUUUUUUUGUUUGUUUUUUUAAAUCACACUACUGUAUGCUCAAGGUUCUGUUUAUAAGUUUGCUUUCAGUGAGUUAUUUAAUGGUAUAAAAACAACUAGCAUCAGAAUUGACAGCUAUGUGUGCCACUCAGUGUGCUUGAGAUCAAUGCCACUGUCUGGCAUUGUUUAGAUGGGUGCAUGAGUGGGAAGUCGAUACUAAAGAGAUUGCUACUGUGCAGACUUGAGCUCCAAAUGAUGCCACCAGCGGGAGAUGGCAGCUGCCAUAUCCAUAUUAUGCCAACUCACAGGUUAAAAAAAGUGUGCUAUAAUAAAGUGGCUGCUGAGAACCAAUAUUAUUUCAGAUAUUUAGCAUACUGAAACAGUACUAUUGUGUACUUGUAACAGUAGCGGUAUUGAUCUGUGUAUCAAUCAAUCAUAAACCAGUCUCAAGACUUAUUUACAUAUUUAAACAAGCAAAGUUAACUGCUAAAU